CUAUAUUGUACUGGAAGCAAAUAUUUUGACUUAGACUAAGUUGCCUAUAUAUGAUGACAUUUCAAAGAACAUAAAGAAUCAGAAAAAACACCGGAAAAUCUCUGUUCGGAGGAGAGUACCGGCGCCGAUGACGAUACCUGAGGUUUCUCUAAGCUCAUGCAAGAAAACCAUGCCGGUCAUCGGACUGGGCACGUCGUCAGACCCUACUGCUGACACAGAAACUACAAAAGCCGCUGUAAUUGAAGCCAUUAAAGCAGGCUACCGUCACUUUGACACGGCGUUUGCUUACCGGUCGGAGCAAGGUGUCGGAGAAGGAAUAGCGGAGGCUUUAAAAACUGGUCUUAUAAAAUGUAGAGAUGAGCUUUUUGUUACUUCUAAGCUAUGGAGUAGCUUUGCUGAUAAAGAUAUGGUGGUGCCUGCUAUUCAGAUGAGUCUCAAGAAUCUUCAGUUGGAGUAUCUAGAUUUGUACCUUAUUCAUUGGCCAUUAAAGCUAAGCCAAAAUGUUCGUUCACUACCCACAACAGAAGACAAUAUAUUUCCUUUAGAUAUUCAGUCGGUAUGGGAAGGCAUGGGAGAAUGCAAAACCCUCGGCUUAACAAAGGCUAUUGGCGUAAGUAACUUCUCCCGCAAGAAACUCGAACAGCUCUUGUCCGCCGCUAAAAUUCCUCCGGCAGUCAAUCAAGUGGAGAUGAACCCGGUUUGGCAGCAAAAGGAACUGAGGAAAUUCUGUAAGGAAAACGGCAUUCUUAUUACGGCUUACUGUCCUCUGGGUGCAAAUGGAACUAAAUGGGGUGACAACAGAAUAAUAGAAUGUGAUGUGCUUGAAGAAAUUGCCAAAGCUAAAGGAAAAACCACUGCUCAGGUAUCAUUGAGAUGGGUGUAUGAGCAAGGGGUGAGUUUGGUGACAAAAAGUUUCAAUAAAGAGAGGAUGAAGCAAAACCUUGAGAUAUUUGAUUGGUCAUUGAGUGAGAAGGAAUCGGAAAAGAUUAAUCAGCUUCCUCAACGUAAAGGGGUUCUAUUUGUUAAUUUAUUGGGUCCUCACCAAUUUGUUCGACAGAUUGAUGCAGAGCUUUAAAGAUUUAAUGGCGAAAAAAAAUUCAAACAUUUACGACUUGUUAUAAUUUAAUCCAAACUGUUUUAUUUUUAUAAUAAUAGCCAAAUUAUAUUUUUCCGUUAUAAUAAUAGCCAAAUUGUUGGCCAGAUUGUUAUCUUCAAUUAGACUAUUAGGCUAUUAUUGCAACAGAAAAAUACAAUUUGCCUAUUAUUACAAAUAUUUAAAUUAAAUAUAACAAAUCAUAAAAAUUUAAAAAAAAAUUACUGUUAGGCCAGCUUUAAAAGAACGUUACGAGAUUUAUUUUAUCAAACUCUGUUAUUACCACUAUUGUUCUUCUUGUUUCUGGUUUGAGUUGAUGCUAUGGAUAAUUUUUGUUAUGCUUCAUAUUGGAAAAAUGGUGUUUCCACCAUCUGAAUUACGGAAUUUUUUUUAUCUA